CAAACGUUAGAAAACGGUGAAAUUAACAAACGGCUGUUUUAGAAGGUGCAGGUCGCUAAGGAAACGACGGCUAAUGCUGCUAAGCAAUUACUGAGCCGAUAUAGCGACACAGGGUGCUUGAAUUUCACACGAAGAACAUUUAUCUACUUUAAUUAUUGUGCAAUCCAGUGAAGGGCAAUUUCAGUGAUCUGACCAUGCGACGGAGCCCAAGGAGACCCCUGAUUCUGAAAAGAAGAAAACUACCGUUUCAGCAAAAUGAACCAACUCCAGCUGACAAACACAACCAAUCCUGUGCCUCGGGCUCUGGGGAGCCACUUAAACCAGCAGCCAGCCAGUGCCUCCCUCGUGGUAUCCCUAUCAUGGAUCACCCUUCCAUGUCCAACACUCAGGUGGUUGUCAUCCCCAAAGAGGCAGAUCUACAAAGCAUCAUCGGUGCUCUCACUGCAAAGGGCAAAGAGAGUGGUGCCCAAGGCCCAAAUAAGUUCAUCCUUCUCAGUGAGAGUGUCAGUAGGGGCAAUGGUUCUUUCUGUCAGGCUUCUGCCAAAGAGGAGUCAUCUUCUGCAGGGAGUACAGCUGAACAACCAGUGAAAUCAGAGACUAUCCACAAUUUGCAUGAUCAAUUUCUCACUGGAACUCAGUCACAUGGAAGUUGCGGUCCCCUAGAUGACAGCCUCACCAAUAUCCAGUGGCUGGGCAGAAUGAACACGAGUGCCUUGGAACCAGAUCUUGCAAAUAAGUUUGCUGAUCAGGAGAACAAGCUUCAAGCACCGCAAAAUUUACAGGCCCAAAGUACACAUUCAAACCCAGAAGGUGCCCAUCAGCCCGCAUUAGAGAGGCCACCAUACUCCUACACCGCCAUGAUCCAGUUUGCCAUCAACAGCAGGAAGAACAGGGGGAUGACACUGAAAGAUAUUUACACGUGGAUCGAGGACCAUUUCCCUUAUUACAGAGAAGUGGCCAAACCAGGAUGGAAGAAUUCCAUACGACACAAUCUUUCUCUGCAUGACAUGUUCAUCCGUGAGAGGUCGCCAGAUGGAAAAACCUCUUUCUGGACUAUUCGACCAGAUAUCAAUCGGUGCCUCACUCUUGAUCAGGUUUAUAGGCCUUGUUGUGAUCCGGGGACCGUUUCUUCUCCUGUGCCAAUGCUUUCAUGUCCCCACCAACAAGAAAAGAAGAAUAUAGCUGCUGCAAGAAAAGCACCAUCUUCCUCUGAGAGGAGGAUGAAACCACUUCUGCCCCGUACAGAUUCUUACUUGGUUCCCAUCCAGCUCCCCAUUGCCCCCCCUGCAUAUCUGCAAUCCUUGUCUGGCUCUUAUGGAAACACUGGCUCCAAGCAUAAACAAAAUGCCUCACGGGGGACCAAGAGAGUCCGCAUAGCUCCGAAGGUGACAAGUAGCGACACCCCAGCUGUGGGUCUACCUCCUCAGAAAGAUCUGAAGGUGGAACCUGUAAACGUUCCGAUAAAACGUGAGACACGCAAAUCUCCUCCAAAGACACAGUCCAGCAGCUCCCGCCGCAAACAGAGUCUGGUGAACUCUCUGCAGGACGAGCCCAUUCUCCUUUGCCCUGAUAGCAGCUUCUUUGACUCUGGUGUAGUGUCAGAUGUUUCCACCUUCCAGGACAUGAGAGAAGCUGAUAUAAAUAAGCGGCAGCCCAUACAGGGCAGCCCCGCACGGGAACUAUACUUCAAGACUCCGAUAAAAAGUCACAGCCAUUUGAGCUCCUCUACCCCAAGCAAGCCUCUACCUAAUGUUACACUCGAACCCUGGAAAGUAACCCCCGUUGGAAAAGGUGGCCAGAGCACCCUGGACUUUAGUCCUAUUCGCACACCAGGUGGUCCUGUAGUCACGCCCCGACAGGACUACUCCACCUUCAGCUUCAGCAGUUCUCCCUUCAUAGAGCUGCCUCUGUUCAAUUCUCCCAGCGAGCUGCUCAAUCCUACUUCCUGCAGAGUCCAGCCAAUAGAUUUCCCCACUGAACUGCAGCAGGCAGGAGCCGCUGCUGCGUCACCAUCUAACCGCUCCAUCACAGAGGGCCUCAUACUGGACACCAUGAACGAUAGCCUGAGCAAGAUACUGGUGGACGUUGGCUUCUCUGCCCUGGACGAUGAAGACCUGGAUACUGCUAACAUCAGCUUGUCUGAGUUCUUUGGUCAGUUUAUUUAGCCUGACGGCUAAAACGCUAAAAAUCUGAUGUUGAACACUAAAGGACACACAGACUGACCCAGCAAAGCAGAUGUAAAUGUGUCUCAAAUGUUCCUGAGGGAGGAGUGUUUUUUACAAGCUAGUUUGAGGAUCAUAUCUGAAAUCUACCAAUUCAGUCUUUGUUGUAUUUGACAGUUUAUAUGAAUCUGGAGGUGUGUGAUGAACCUCAGAAUAUUUGUGUUUAGUAUGAUUUCUGUGUGACGAUAAUUUAUUAUUUUAAUUCAGUGCAAAUAAAGUAUUCAGUAGAUACCAUCUACACCAAGGUAUCGCAUGAUGCCAGUAAAUUUUAUGUUUAAAGGACCUUUUGAUUGGCAAAUUGCAGCUUGACAAGCGACUGCACUCAUUCAUCUUCCGCACUGUAUUUGUAUUUUUAACUUUUUCAUGUUUGCACAUGCUUUGCUCUUUUUUUUAGCUGAUUCUACCUGCCUUACUGUCUCAAAUAUAUUUGAUCAAUACGAGCUUUAGCAGGCGGGUCUGAUUAACAGGAUUACUGACCUUCUGUAUGUGUGAAAUUCUUCAAAGUUUUAUGUAACAUUUUGGUUUUUUUUUUUCAGUUAUCCACUCUGCAUACCUGUCACUUAAGAGAGCUGCAUGAGAAGAAAACUAUUUAAAUGUAUACAUAUCUUGAUUUGCACAUUAUAAUAUAUGAUUUACAGUUUCAGUUGCGUAUUAGAUUAGCUGUUUAGAAAGCUUUGUAAUUGCAUUCCAAUGUCUUGUGAACAAACUUAGACCAGCAAUAAAAAAGUAUUACUAAAAAGUAGCAUUAACAGCAA